CGGGGAUCUUUGACGGGACUCAGCGUUCAGGUCAAAGUUGAAAGAAAAAGAAGGAGGAGUUUAACGCACACGGUCACGCAGUGUUUGAGCCGACACGCACGCACACACACGCACACGCGCGCGCACACACACACACACACAGGUGGAUGGUGAAGUGGAAGUGCACAUGUUUCCUGUGGCUCAGUUGGGCGCGCUCUCCGCCAUGGCCGGCGCGCUCUCGUCGCUCGUGCUCGUACUCGUGCUGCUGACGGUCACGCGACAGCUGUGGAAUCUCCGCUGGAAUUUGAGCCGCGACAGAGAGAGUGAACUUCCGCUGCCCACGGGGUCCAUGGGCUGGCCACUGGUGGGAGAGACCUUCCACUGGCUGCUGCAGGGCUCUAACUUCCACGUGUCUCGUCGCAAACGCCAUGGUAACGUGUUUAAGACUCACCUGCUGGGGAAGCCCGUGGUGCGAGUGACCGGUGCCGAGAACAUCCGUAAGAUUCUCGUGGGUGAACACAGCGUGGUCUGCACACAGUGGCCACAGAGCACCCGAAUCAUCCUGGGACCAAACACGCUGGUCAACUCCAUUGGUGACCUUCACAAGAGGAAGAGGAAGAUGCUGGCUAAAGUGUUCAGCCGUGGGGCUCUGGAGUCGUACCUGCCCCGGCUGCAGGACGUCGUCAAAUCUGAAAUCGCCAAGUGGUGCUCGGCGCCGGGCGCUGUCGACGUCUACAGCGCCGCAAAGUCGCUGACGUUCCGCAUCGCCGCUAGCGUUCUGCUGGGCCUGCAGCUGGAGGAGGAACGCGUGGUUUACUUGGCGCGCAUCUUUGAGCAGCUGAUGAACAACCUGUUCUCGCUGCCAUUCGACGCCCCGCUCAGUGGCCUUCGCAAGGGAAUAAAAGCCAGAGAAAUCCUACACACUCACAUGGAGAAGAUCAUCGAGGAGAAGCUGGAGCAGCAGCAGGCGGACGACGACUUCCACGACGCCUUCGACUACAUGUUGUCCAGCGCUAAAGAGCUCGGGCAGCGGCUGACCAUCCAGGAGCUGAAGGAAACGGCCGUGGAGCUGAUCUUCGCCGCUCACUCCACCACAGCCAGCGCCUCCACGUCGCUGGUCCUGCAGCUGCUCCGUCACCCGACGGUGGUGGAGCGAGUCCGAGUGGAGCUGGAGGCCGAGGGUCUGGGCUACGAACCUCAGAGCAGUGACGGCUCCUCUGAUGAAGUGUGUGGGAGUGUUCCUGCGUCUCGGUCUCACGUUCCGUAUCUGAGCCUCGAUAAACUCAGUCAGCUGCGUUACGUCGACUGUGUCGUCAAAGAAGUUCUCCGCUUCCUGCCGCCGGUGUCAGGCGGCUAUCGCACGGCUCUGCAGACGUUUGAAUUAGACGGCUACCAAAUCCCCAAAGGUUGGAGUGUCAUGUACAGCAUCCGGGACACCCACGAGACUGCCACGGUCUUCCAGAGCCCUGAAGCCUUUGACCCAGAUCGCUUUGGUCCAGAGCGGGAGGAGAGCCGGGCGUCUCGGUUCAGCUACGUGCCAUUCGGUGGCGGCGUGCGCAGCUGUGUUGGGCGGGAGUUGGCUCAGAUCAUCCUGAAGACUCUGGCCGUGGAGCUGACGGCCUCGUGUGACUGGACUCUGACCACCGACACGUUUCCCACCAUGCAGACCGUCCCCAUCGUCCACCCGGUGAACGGACUGCACGUACGGUUCACCUACAACCGCGCACACCUUCAGUCUGCCUCUGGUUAAAGCAUCCAGACCUGAGCAGGACACGCCUACUUUAAUUUCCAUGGAGAUGAACUGCACAGGAAGAACUUUGUGAAGUGGAGAGCAGUGAACGGGUGCAAGUGAAGAUGCGCAGCGAAUCAACUGAGGUCGUGUGAGGUCAGAGUGGACUGUGCUGUGAGCGCCCCCUGCUGCUGAGAACCAGUCUGACACAUGCAGACUCACGCUCAGUAGAAACAUGGCCGCCAGCAGAGAGGACAUCCUGUCUUUAGAAUAGAUGAAGACGUCAGUGUCUCAUACCAAACCUGAACUAUCAAGAUUCAUCAACGCCGUCUCUAUGGAAACACUGUGACUCCGCCCCCUCUCGUUCUCAGUUUUGGUGAAACAGGUGCAAAGAUCAACGUUUUUCUUAUGACUGGUCUCAUUCCCACAAUGCAACAGGAAACUACAGAGACACUGAUGUAACGUGGACUUGAUUUCUUUAUGUAGAAAUUCCUCUGUAUGUGUGUGUGUGUAUGAAUGUGCUGAACUGUGUAUCCUUAACAUAAUACUAAUAAUAAUAAUAAUAAUAAUGAUAAUAAUACUCAUGAUGUGUAUCAAAUGAAGUAGCAUUAAUAUGAAUAAGCUGUAUUUAAAAUGCAGACGUAGAUUUUCUGUUGUUUCACUGAUAGAAACUAGAAAAGCUUCACUGUUUAAAUGUGUUCUUUAAAUGAUCUGUGGAAGGAGACAGCACUUUCUCCUCUUUAAGGAGUCUUUAAUGUUUCACUUGUGUUUCACAAGGAGCUGCUGGAGGAAAAUAGAAGAUGGGCAAAAACAAAAA